AUGAAGUUCAAGAAGCUCAAAAAGAAGCUCAAGCGCGAGGGCAAACCCAUACCGGGCCAGAACCCGCCAGGGGGGAUCAGCAAGCGCAAGAAGAAGCAGCUCAAGGCCAAGGAGUACGAGACAGGCCUGCCUCAAGGGUACAGCGCCGCUCUGCGCGUGCUGCUAGUCGGCGAGGGCAACUUCUCCUUCGCCAGGGCGCUCGUGCGGCUGCUGGGCGGCGACGGCGCCGGCGUCGUCGCGACGGCCUACGACUCGGAGGAAGUCGUGCUGGAGAAGUAUGACGACAGUGAGGACCCGGUUUCUGACAUCCUGGCGGAGGUGAUGGGGGCCGGUGCGGACGUCCAGUUCGACGUGGACGCCACGCGGCUAGAGAGAACGCUCCAGCCCCGGGACGGCGGGAAGCGGCUGACGCCCGCGGACGAGUUCGACCGCAUCGCGUUCCACUUCCCGCACGCGGGUUUGGGCAUCAAAGACGUCGCGACGAACACCCGGAAGAAUGUAGAGCUCCUAGCUGGGUUCUUCCGGUCCGCGUUGCACGUCCUGAAGGCCAAGGGCGAGGUGCACGUGACGCUCAAGGACGGCGAGCCGUACUCCAGCUGGAACGUCGCGGGCACGGCGCACCGGGCGACGUCGGGUCUGCUGCAGCUGAAGCGCGUGCUGCCGUUCGUCACGCGGGCCUUCCCUGGGUACGCGCACCGGCGCACGCUGGGGUUCCGGGACGGGCUGUCGAAGGCGGAGAACGAGGAGCUGCAGAAGGGGUGCAAGACGUACGUGUUCGCGGUGCGGCCGCCGGAGCAGGGCGGCGGGAAGCUUCGCAAGAUGUGA